AAGAGGGGUGGGUUUGAUCUCCAAAUGGGAUGGUUCUUCUGGGUGGAGCCUUACGGAAUCCCCAUUAUACCCGCCACCAAAUCUCCAUUCCCUUUCUCUCUCCUCUCCUCUGUUCCUUUCCCCUUUUCCCAAUUGUUUUAGCUGUUUCCUCUGUCCUUCCCCAUCCAAAACCUCCGCCCCCUUCCAUUCCCUUCUUUUCUAUAUCUCCUUCCAUCCUCUUCCCCUCCUCUCUGGCCUUUUCUGAGCUUCCAACGGACCUCUUCUUCUUCACGCCUCUUUAAUCCAUCUGGGUUUUUGUUUUUCCGAUUUGGGUUCAUCAGAUUUGUCUUUUCUGCGAACAAAUCUCAAUUUCCAUGGGUAACAUUGGGAGUAGUGGUUCCCAUGGCCGGAGACGACACGAUUCCCGUCGGGGCCAUCCGACUCCACCUCCACCUCCGCCGCCACAGCCCGAAAUCACAAGUAAUCGGUUCGUUUUCGCCGCUGCAACGCCGUACCCAUCGCAAUACACUAAUCAUCCGAAUCAAGCGCCGCCGUACUAUCAGUACCCUGGUUACUUUCCGCCGCCACCUGGUCCACCUCCGUCGAUGCCGAUGCCCUUGCCGGCGUCUUACGACCAUCAACACCGCGCUGCCCAUCCCCAUAUGGAUCCUGCGCAUUGGGUCGGUGGGAGAUAUCCUUACGGUCCUCCUAUGCCGCCCCAAACGCCUUAUGUUGAGCAUCAGAAGGCGGUUACCAUUCGAAAUGAUGUUAAUCUCAAGAAAGAAACUCUUAGGGUUGAGCCCGACGAAGAAAACCCCGGCCAAUUCCUUGUAUCUUUCUUGUUCGAUGCCACCGUCGCCGGGAGUAUCACCAUCUUCUUCUUUGCGAAAGAAGGCGAAGAUUGUAACUUGACGCCCGUAAAAGAAGACACUUUUCAACCAGUGACUGUCCGUUUCGAACAAGGCCUCGGACAGAAGUACAGACAACCUUGUGGAACAGGAAUAGAUUUCUCAAAGUUCGAAGAGUCGGAGUUAGUGAAAGUAAAUGACACAGAUGUCUAUCCACUAGCUGUGAAAGCCGAGGCUUCUACCGAAGGCCAAACUGGUCCCGAUGGUACCGUGGUACCUGAGACCAUGAAUUCUCAGAUAACACAGGCAGUGUUUGAGAAAGAUAAAGGUGAAUAUCAGGUAAAAGUGUUGAAGCAAAUCCUGUGGGUCAAUGGUAUGAGAUAUGAGCUGCAGGAGAUCUAUGGAAUUGGAAAUUCAGUCGAGGACGAUGUCGAUGGAAACGACCCUGGAAAGGAAUGUGUCAUUUGCUUGUCCGAACCACGGGAUACGACUGUCCUUCCCUGCCGACACAUGUGUAUGUGUAGCGGUUGUGCUAAGGUUUUGAGGUUCCAGACGAAUCGAUGCCCGAUUUGCAGACAACCGGUCGAUAGGCUCUUAGAGAUAAGGGUCAACAAUGGGGCAGAAGAAUAAGGAAUGGUACACUAUCAUUAUGAUCAUAAGAGAACUCUGUACAGCGCUGUGCUUGUUGAAUUUCUUCUUGUAUUAUCUGAAUUUAUUCUCUUUUCUCCCCCUGAAUUUUCUACCUGCUGUUCUAAAUAAUCAAGAAGGGAAGCUUUUUAUGCCAAGGAAGAAGAAGAAGAAGAAGAAGAAGAAGAAGGAAGAAAAGGAAAGAAAUUGGUAUCAGUUGUGCUUCUGUUCUCAUGCCCAAAAGUGUAAUUACAAUUUUUAUCUAUUAUAUACUUCAGCUGAGCCUUGCUUUGUUGCCUCCGAAUUCUCGCCAUUUGUCUGAUCAAAAUUUGAUUCGGAGGCAACUGAUGUUCGUUUUUUCUUCUUGUUCUAACUAGCAAAGUAUUUUAGAUCGUUUCUCGAUCUAACUAGUUGAGUAUUUGAGAUUC